ACAUUUGUGUCCACUUGUGAUUUUUCUGACUUUAUUCUUGUUAUGAUUUUGUUUUGUUUUUUUUUUUUAAAUAUAAUCUGUGACAAGUUGAAAAAAUUGCUUUUGACUUUUGAGUUCUCAAUUCUGGGAAGUUAUUAGCAAUUAUUAUUUGUAAAUAAUCAAAUAAAGCUUAUCUUUUAUAUAAAAUAUUUGAUAGAAAUGAAUAAGAAUUAUGAACGAUGUACACAUUGUAAUCGACGUAAAUGGCUAGCUACUGGAUGUUUAAGAAAAUGGUUAAAGCCAAUGGAAUGUAAACAUUUACAAAGAACUCUUGAUAGCAAAAGGGACUUCAGUAACGCGGACAUAGUAAAUACGGUGUUUUUGCCCGAACGUAAACCCUCCGUCAAUACGAGUAAGUUUGUGAAAUUUUGGAAGAAUAAACUUUUUAUUACUGGAAGCGUCCGAUCGUUACAAAGAUAUUUUGGUAACAAAAGUGGAGCUGAAUAUAUGUGUAACUUUGCCAAGGGCGCGGACAGUUUAACAACCGAAAAACAAAUAGGUGCUGUUAAAAAUGAAAUAAUAAAUGAAGAUCCCGAAAGUGUGCAUAUGAAGUGUCAACAUUCAGAUGGCCAUUCAGUUUUGAGAGGCCAUCAUCAACAUUUGUCAAUUGAAAGCUGUGCAAUUUACUGUCAACUUUCCAAGCAUGGUUGGUACUGGGGUGGUAUAACUUCGAGUGAGGCAGAAGAGCUUCUUGCUGGACAACAUGACAAUGUUUUCUUAGUAAGAGAUUCAUAUGACUCAAGACAUAUACUUUGUGUUUCAUUCCGAUGUGUUGGACGUACUCUUCAUGCUAGACUAAGACACGCUGAUGGACUUUUUUCAUUGAACAAUGAAACAUUUGUGCCAGCCAGUAGAAUAUCUGAACAUUGUGCUACAGUAGAUGUUAAGUCAAAUUUAUUUGAAAUGCCAGUGAAAUUAGCAAGACCUUUAAAUAGGUUUGCAAAGUUAGACUCAUUACAAAAGAUCUGCAGAUUUGUUAUAAGACAAACUGUAUCUGAAGACUUAUGGAACAAAUUGCCACUACCUUCAAAUUUAAUAUCUUAUGUUUCCCUUGGUAGUGACUACAUAGCCCCACUAUAAAUAAAAACUAAUUAUAUAAAUAGUGCCUUAAUAUUUCAGUGCACUUCACAUAUUAUUAUCAUAUUUACACUAGACAUAUCUUUUGUGACCAUGUAAAGUGUUGAUGUAUUUUCUACAUAAAGUUUAUUUUAAUAAAAUUUAUAAUAUUA